AUGAUAGUCGCUCACGCUCCAAAAACUUAUUUCGGUUCAGGAGAUAUACAAAAAACAUUGGGUUCUCUUCCUGGAUUUCCAUGGGCGAAAUAUCCCGGUCAUAAUUACACCAGUCCAGUAAAUAAAAACCAUUUAGAAGAUAAAAUAAGUAAUGUGAAAAGAUUCUUCAAAUGUCAACUAAAUAAUAAAAAUUUUGUUAAUGAUACUAAACUACAACAAGAGGUAAAAAGAUUAAUAAGUUUUAUUCAAAAAGAAUUGGUCAACGUAGCGAAUAAAACUGAGUUACAAAAUAUAAUUUCAUUAAUAUCUAAAUUAGAGGAUAAUAUUGCAAAACAAAAAUUAGACAUUCAACAAUUAAUAGAUAACAUUACAGAUGAAAAUGAAGAUACGUUUCAACAGGAAUUAAAUGCUCUGGAAACUAAACUUAACAGUGAAUUACAAAAAGAACUAACAAAUAUUAAAAAACAAAUACAAAACAUAGAUGAUAGCGAAAUCAAAACCUAUAUUCAACAACAAAUACAAAACAUAGAUGAUAGCGAAAUCAAAACCUAUAUUCAACAACAAAUACAAAUCAUUGAUGAUAGUGUUAUUCAACAACAGAUAACCACUAUUAAUAACCUAGUUUUGAAACAAGACAAAAAUAUAGUCGCAUUAGAAAAAAAGUUUCUCAAGAAAGAAUCAUAUUAUUUCAAUCUUCCAUUUGUAUAUUUGGGUAUAAGUAAUGCUUCUAUUACUAAUAAUAUUGAUAAAUCAAAAGACUAUGAAUAUAAAAAAUAUGGAUUUACUGCAAAUGUUAGAGUAUAUUCUAUUCCAAAAUAUACUAUUCAUCCCAAAAAUAUUUUUUAUGCUAUAUUUCCAAGAUUUUUUACUUUCCGAGGAAAACUUAUAAUUGAAAUUAAUUUUCCUUUUCAGGUAAAAGUUGAUUCAAUAAUCUUCAGACAAAACUCACGUAGUUCUAAGAAAUUUAACGCUCACAAAGUUCUUCAGUUUAUCAAUGGUACGACAGACUUUGAAUACGUAAAACUAUAUUUUGUUGAUAAUGGUAAAUUUACCUCAAUUGAUAUUCAUAAAAGUCAACAAAGUCAAAAAUUUUUGAUAAGAGAUGAUGCAUAUGUUAAUAUAUCAAUCUAUAUUGAAAAAUUUUCAGUUCAUCUGAAUAAGAUUAAUGAUUCGAAAGAACAAAUAUCGUUAGUAACUGUAGAAGUUGUUUUUAAUAAACACCUAGCAGCUUUAUCAGAAGUUCACUUAAUUUAA